AUGGACGACAGCGGCGACGACGACGGGCCCCCCCACGGAACCGUCGGCGAUGUCCUGCCGGGACCACUUCUCGGCCCCGUCAUGGGGCUGGCCUUCUCGACAGGCGGCGAUCUCCUCUUCUCUUGCAGUGGCUCCUCUCUCCGCGUCUACGACGUCCGAUCCGGUGCUCCGCUCUCUGCCACGAGGGUCUUCAGCCCUGGGGUCACGGUGCAUGGCAUUGACGUUGGCCGAGAAUCUUUCGGCGCGAUCUUCGGAGACAAGUGCGUCCGCAUCGUCGACGGGGUGCCCACGGGUGCUGGCGACACCGCGGCUUGCUCGUGGUUUCGAGGCGUGGCCAGCCUUCCCGACUUGGAGGAUCGAGUGUGGGACGCUCGGCUCAUCGGCAAGUCAGGAAGAGGGACAGGAGAAGGAGGAGGAAAGGGGAGGACGGGGGGAAUCGGGAGGGGCGCCGUUGGGGGUGGGGGGAGGACAGGGGCGGCGCCUCGCCAAGGCGUGGGGAAGGAAAGUGACGGAGGGAGGCGGCGGGGGGAGCGUGCUGGCGUGGGGAUGGUGGCGGUAGCGUUGGCUCACACUUCUGUGGAGGUGUGGAACUGGGCAGGCCAGGCGCGCCCGCUGAGGAUACACCGAGCUCAAGGCGGGGACCCGUGCCUGCUGUACCACGCCCGCCUGUGGGGGAGGGCGCUGGGCGAGCUGAGGGUCGCAGCCGGCACCGCUUUCAAUCAGGUUUUGGUGUGGAGCCCGGGUCAACCUACAAAUUUCGUUCCGGAGGGGGUGCGCAGAAAGGGCGGUGAAGGGCAUGGCACGGUAGGCCAAGGGGAUGGGAACCCGGGAGAUCCAGAGGAGGUUCCGCCGUGUCUACCAGGGAGGGGCGUCGACGUGCUGCGCCUGAAGGGGCACGAGGGCGUCAUUUUCAGCGAGGACGGGAUGCGAUUGGGCUCGGCGUCGGAAGACCGCACCGUCCGCGUUUGGGACGUGGAAAGCCCCUGUGAGGGCUGCCGCGGCGGCAGCGGCGGGAACAGCGGAAAAAGCAACGGCCAGGAGAUGGAGGGGGGGGAGAAAGAGGAAAAAGAAGAAGAAGAGGAAGAAGAAGAAGAAGAAGAAGAAGAAGAAGAAGAAGAAGAAGAAGACCAGGCAGUUACAGUAGGCAAACGGACUCACGCCGAAACAGUCAUUGGCUCAAAUGCGGUGUCAGUAAGUUAUGCUGCAGUUGAAGUUGCCAAAAAAAUUUUCGGAAAUGUUUCAGGCAAGGAGAUAGUGGUUGUAGGUGCGGAGGAGGAGGAGGAGGUGGAGGUGGUGGUGGUGGUGGAGGAGGAGGAGGAGGACAAGGCAGCAGCGGGGGAGGAGGAGGGACGUGAUGGUGGGGGAAGGCUUGUUUGGACGGGCUGGGGACACGCCUCGAGGGUGUGGGACGUUGGGUUCGCCAGCCUCGGUGUCGUCUCGUGCGGAGAGGACGGUACGGCCAUCCUUUGGCGAGAAAAGCGUGACUUUGGAGGAGACCACUCCGCCGCCAUCGCCCCCUGCAACGCAACAGCGCCACAUGUUGGACCACCAUCGACGACGACAACAACAACGACAACAACAACAACAAAACAAGGGCAGCUGGUGCCGGUAGCGACCCUUCGCGGCCACAGCGGCGCCAGCGUCUGGAGACUAGCAGUGCACGACUUCCCACCGCACUCGGCAGCCAUGAGCGGCUGCGGUGGCGGCAGCAGCGCUGACGCUAAUGCCGGCCGUGGCUCAGGACACGAAUCGCGGAGGGCGCUGACCCUUCUGGCGACUGGAGGCAAUGACGCCUCGUGUAAGCUGUGGGACCUCGGGUUCGAGGCUUCCUGCGAAAGAGGGGGAAUAAGGCACGGCGCGCUUUGGGGUGAGACGCCGACGGUGCCGGCCGACCGCCAUGCCGCCGCCGCCGUGCUCAUCCCCCCGGCCGGCGGGGAAGAGAAAGGAGCUGCCGCCGCCUCCGUAAAAGUGCACGAGGACGGACGUCUUCUUUCGGCGGCGGCAGUGGCGGCGAGUGCACCCGUCCUUCCCGCCGACGAGACCGAACUCCAGCACAGAUCAGCGGCGGCGGCGGCGGCGGCGGCGGCGGCGGCGGCUGUUGCUACGGCGACCGGGGAGCGGGGCAGCAACAAGCCUACCGAGUCGAGCACGAACACGCCGCCCCCCCGGCCGCCGGCGCGGCCGCCGGCAUCGAAAAAUCAGAUGGGGGUCGAGGAGGAUCGGGCCUCCUCAAGGCGGCGACGACGGGGACGGGGAGACCGACAGAAGCCGGCGGUAGUCGUUCGAGAGGAGGUGACAACGGCGGCCGAGGGCGGGAAGCUGCUGCCGGCAGCCGAGGGUUUCCUUUCGUGUGAUGGCGUGUCGGCGAUCGCCGUGGUGGGGGGGCGGCGGCUACCGGGACAGCGUGGCAGUCCCUCCGAGGCAACAACGACAACAACUGCCGGCAGCAGCGCCGCGGGCGACGGUGGCGGCGGUGUCCCGGGAAGAGAGCACGGCGGCCGCAAAGCCGGCGGAGACGCGACGAAUUCCGACGACCACGGCUAUCCCGGUUUCGGCGGCGGCGGUGGAAAUGAAACGACCGUUGUUGUUGCCGGUCGCGACGACGGUUGGAUGUUUCUGCUUACCCGGCCCCCGCCGACUAAAGCUUCAUCCUCGUCAGGAGGAGGAUCCAACCACGCUCCCUACCGUGCCACCGAUCAUGGGGAGUACGACGCCGGUAGGGGCGGCCCGUUCCCGACCGGCCCCUGGCGCGUGGGCGCGGCUUGGCGAGGCCACCGCUCCCGUGUCACCGCCAUCUGGGCCGUGGGUGACGCCGACCACGACGGCGGCGGCAGUAGAUCCCCAAGCACGCCUCUAGGAGGAGGAGGAGGAGGAGGAGGGGGGGGAGGGGGAGGAAGAUGCCAGUUUUUUUUCACGGCUGCCUUGGACACGUCCAGGUUGCGCACCUCGUCUGGCGCCGGCGGUAUUUUUAGCGGGGCGCUUGUUUCGGCCGGAGCCGACGGGACGGUGGCGUGGUGGGAGUGGGGGGGGGAGGGGGGUCGUGCCGACGAGGCCGGGAGGAGCGGGGUUGACGAGAGGGAGCACGCCGCCGGUGGUUCGGAGCCUCGGAGCGGAGGGAUGGGGAUACGCCCGCCUAAGCUUCGCAUGGUUUGCCAGGCCGAGCCCGGCGCCGCCGUCACCAGCGUCGCGAUCGACGACCGUCGGCAGCAGCUUUGCCGCCGCCGCCGCCGUUGCCGUCCGUCGUCCUUGCGGAAGAAGAAGAAGAACAGCAGUCGCCGAGACCGCGAAGAGCGUGUCGUCGGCAAAGCGGAGCUAGAGCCGAACACUCCCGAUGACGACGCACGAGGCAAGGUCGGAAGAACGCCUCCUGCGGAGGUGGCCGCGGCGGCGAGAGCUGUCGUCUUUUGCGGGGACACCAAGGGCAACAUCCGCUGCUUUUUGGAGGAGGACAAGGAGGAGGACGAGCCGUCGCCGUGUGUCGGGCUCGAUGGCGGCGGUGGGGAGGCUGCGUACGAGCGGGGGGUCGAGCCGAGAGCUUUGGGGCAGGGAGUCGCGCCGUGCUUGGUGCUCAAGCGGCAGCACGGCAAGGACCAGAUCAGCCGGAUGGCUCUGUGGGGGGGGUGCCUGUUUUCGGCCGGGCACGACGGGCAGGUGAACCACUACGUCAUCUCCUACUCCUACCCGUUGCCGUCCUCUCCGGACCCUGUCUCGCCGAGCUCGGAACGACGUCGUGGCACAGCCUCUGGGGGGUGCGGGGUAGCCGCUUCCUCCACGCCGCCGGUGUCUGCGGUGGGGACGGACGAUGAUGAUGAUGCUUUCCUGGAGAUCCAGGGUGACGGAGGAGGCUCCUGCGGCGACGGCGUGGCUCACAACGGGAAGGGGGACCGUGGGGCGAGAAGCGUGGCGGGGGUUGGGGGGGGCGUUCGCCUUGCGGUGGCCGGGAGGUCCGGUUCGUCUCGAAUGUCGGUCUGGGACAUCACGGAAGGUCGCCAACUACUCGAGCUCGAGUGCGGAGACCGGCAUCUCGCCCAAGACCUCUUCUUGUCCUGGCCCAGGAGUGCGACCGGCUUCCCGGGGUCCGCCGCGCCAUUCAGGAGGCGGGCGGAUCACGUUUCCGCGACGACGGCUGCGCCGCCGCCGAACCUUACCGACGAGGCCGUCGACCUCAAAACGGGCGAGAAAGACGCCGUCGCCGACGAUGCGCUGGAGAACAGCAACGGCUGCAGCGACGGUCCCACCAGGAGCGGAUUCGUCAGCAGCGGGGGGUGGGCGUGGCGCUAG